AUGGAGCGGGUGCCGGUGAAAGUCACGGUCACCAGUUCCCCUAGGAAAAGGGCCAAGACGUGGGAGAUAUCCGAUUCAGAAGACGAAGAGCCAGAUUGUACUCUUAAAGGCGGGAUCAAGGGAGCCGAAGCAGAAAUAAAAUGUAAGCAAGUAUUAGAUGAUGCAGAUGGCGGUGCGUUUAUACAGGCAGGACCUGAGGAGCUUUUGAGAGAUCAACAUGGAGGGCUUGAUGUAGAUUCUAGAGAACAUGGCUGGACUGGUCCUGGUGUAAAAGCUGGAUCUGUAGAACCUUCUGGGCUUCAGAAGGAGCAGGGGGAUGUUCAUCAUCCUCCAACUUCAUCAAGUUUAGUACUGUCUCUACCUAAAUCCACCACCCCUAGCCCAGUGAAGAGGUCAAGGAAGAAGAAGAGUCCCGAGGAGCUAGAAGCUGACAGAGCACAGGCUGAGGAGAAGAAAAGGGAGAAAGAACUAAUGCGUCAGGAGAAAGAGAAGAUCAAGGAUCUGGAAAAGGAGGAACGGGAGAAGAGGAAAGAAUCUGCACAGGCCCUGAAGCUCCUGAGACCAGAUCAGUGUGGAAAAUAUAUGGUUGUCCAGGUGGAUGCAGGUCUUCUCCAAGAUGCAGGGUCAGAAGAUGUGCUGGAAGCCUUGAGAUCAGCUGGGUAUAAUUACUCUAUAGAGCCGCACUCUAUACCGUGCAGUAUUACCUGGAAAAGGGAGAUGCCCGCUGACUGGACGUGUGUGGAAGGGCUGGAACUGUGUAAAGGGGAAGAAGAGGAAAUGCUGAUACUGGUGGAGCCCGGAGAUUUCCUUAAAAGUGUUUCCUGUUACGUUCAGGUUAGAGAAAACUCCAGGACUUGUGAGACUGCAUCCUCUGUGUUUGGAAUGGACAGAAAAUGCCCUGGAAAGAAGAUCACCUUGGCUGUUUUGGGGCUACAUGAUUAUAGAAGAUAUCAAAGACUGUCACAUAAGAUGGAGAGACACUCACUGGAGCCGAGACAUUACUAUGAUGAACAGCCAGAAAGUCAUGUGACCAAGCACCAUAUAGACGAGGCCCUCGUCUUUCUACAGCUGUACCAUGAGACAGAAGUGUUAUUCUGGGAUACGUGGAGAGAACUGGGGCAAUAUGUAUGUGCUGUGACCAAGAGUAUAGCCCAGCGCCCGUUCCGGUUGCACUGGGAGGCUCAAAGCUACUCAUUCUGCACCUCAGCAGGCACCUGGCGAGGGUGGGGACCCAAAGGAUCACUCGCAGGUUUACCAUUGGCCUGGAAGAGACAAAUUCAACAGCUCAACAGAGUCAGUCCAGCAAUGGCUGCAGCUAUAACAGAGGCCUACCCUUCCCCACAACUCCUCAUGCAGGCAUAUGUAGCUUGUAAUACUGAUAAAGAGAGACUGUCUCUCCUUAGUAACCUGAGGAUACCACGUGCUGCAGGUACCACAGACGAUAUGAAUGACCCAGAUGAGGAUAUCACACGGCCUGAUGACCAAGACCAGGCAAGAGAGAGGCGCAUCGGCCCUGAUUUAUCAAGACGCAUCUGGCUGUUCAUGACAUCAGCCAAUCCAGAGCUAGUGUUGGACUUGAACUCCUAGUAAAUAAUC